GGUGACCUCUUGACCCCAACUGAACCCCCGCGGUUCACUGACUCUAGCUUGGCGGCACCGGUCAGCGUCCCUGACAAGAAAGGAAAGACCACGUCUCAUUGUUGCUUUCUUUGGUGAGUGAUAAAAGGAAUUCACAAAAGUCCUUGCAAUUUUUGGAUGCAGCUACCAGAAAUUGCUGUUGGGUAGACUGAUCCAGUCCUGCAGAGCACCAAAUUAAAGGUAUAACAAGUCCGAGGCGAGCGAUCAAAGAAAUGGCUGACUCAGACUUUGGAUUCCGUGUGGAAGAGCAUACCAGAAAAAAAUCGUUUCAAUGUGCAGACUGUGGGUACAGGACAUUACAUAGCAUUUACCUAUCUGACCAUAUGGAAUUUUGCCCUGGAGAAAAACCCUUCAAAUGUGGGGAGUGUAGGUACAGUACAGCUAGCAGGUCAAGUUUAUCUGACCAUAUGAAACGUCACAGAGGAGAAAAAACGUUCUACUUCAAGUGUGCGGACUGUGGGUACAAAACAACAAAUGAGUCUUACUUUUCCAACCAUACGAAAUCUUGCACAGGAGAAAAACGUUACAAAUGCGGGGAGUGUGGGUUCAGUACAGCUUACAAGGCUAGUUUAUCUCACCAUAUGAGGCGGCACACAGGAGAAAAACCAUUGGUUUGUGCCGAUUGUGGGUACAAGGCACCACAUAGCCAGGGGUUAUCUGACCAUAUGAAAUCUUGCACAGGAGAAAAACCUCACAAAUGUGGAGAGUGUGGGUACAGUACAACUAACAAGUCUCACUUAUCUGCCCAUAUGCAACGUCACACAGGAGAAAAACCCUUCAUGUGUGGGGAGUGCGGGUACAGAACAACUACGAAGUCGUGCUUAUCCCAUCAUAUGAGAACUCAUACAGGAGAGAAACCCUACAAGUGUGACCAGUGUGACUAUUCUGCUGCGCAGAAAUCCAGUUUGAACGCCCAUCGACUAAAGCACACCGGUGAGAAACCCUAUAAGUGUGGGGAGUGUGAGUACCGCACAGCUAAUAGGUGUUAUCUAUCUGACCAUAUGAAACGUCACGCAGGAGAAAAGCCGUUCAUGUGUGGAGAAUGUGGGUACAGAACUGUUAAAAAGUAUGACCUAUCUAGACAUAUGAGUGUUCAUACAGGAGACAAACCCUUCAUGUGUGGGGAGUGCGGGUACAGAACAACUACGAAGUCACGAUUAUCCAAGCAUAUGAGAACUCAUACAGGAGAGAAACCCUACAAAUGUGACCUGUGUGACUAUUCUGCGGCACAGAAAUGCAAUUUGGACGUCCAUCGACUAAAGCACACCGGUGAGAAACCCUAUAAGUGUGGGUAAUGUGAGUACAGCACAGCUAAUAGGUGUCAUCUAUCUGAUAUGAAACGUCAUUCAGGAGAAAAGCCGUUCAUGUGUGGAGAAUGUGGGUACAGAACUGUUAAAAAGUCUGACCUAUCUAGACAUAGGAGUGUUCAUACAGGAGACAAACCCUACAUGUGUGGAGAAUGUGGGUACUUUAUCACAGCACAUGAGAAUCCACACAGGAGAAAAAAACCUUACCAAUGUGACCUCUGUGACUAUUCUGCAACCCAUAAAUCCAGUUUUAACAGACAUCGUGCAAGACAUGUAGAACAUACCGAUGAGAAACCUAACAUUUGUGGCUAGUGUUGGUCCAGAAUUCCCACCAAGCUUAACUUGACCACACACAUGCAAACUCAUACAUCCAAAUUGCACGUAGGAAAAAAUGUGGUAUGUGUUACUAUUCUGCUAUGCAAAAGUGGGCUUUAGAUGUCCAUCGAGUUAAACACAAAUCCUACGUGAGAGGGAAGUGAUUGUACAUGGCGGCUGUAAGGUCUCCUUGAUGAAAACAUGACA